GAAGCGUUUAUCGACCGCCCCAGCCGUGCAUUUUGCAUUGUGAUGGAGUAUUGCCGUAAGGGCGAGCUGUGUCAGCACCUCAAGAAGCGCUCCAACAUGGCAAUGAUGAUUCCGGAGGACACCAUUCUCAACUGGUUCGUGCAGCUCGUGCUCGCGUUAGAGUACCUUCACCAUAAGAACAUUCUCCACCGCGACGUCAAGGCGGAGAACGUGUUUCUUCGCAGCCGUCACGACACGCCGCUGGGUAACGCGGCGACGGUGCAGCUGGGCGAUUUCGGCAUUUCGCGAAUGCUGGAGGCCCACGAGGCGGUCGCACGAAGCUUCGUGGGAACGCCGCUGUACAUGUCGCCUGAGCUGAUCCGGAACGAACCGUUCUCAUACCUCUCUUCUCUGUCCCCGCGCAUCCUUCCCGCAUCCUUCCCCCAUCCCUCCCCCAUCCCUCCCCCAUCCCUCCCCCAUCCCUCCCCCAUCCCUCCCCUGUCCUCUCCUCUGACCCCCCCGCCGCGCCCCUUCAGAUACUCCCCCGAGCUCUGCUUCCUGCUCACCAAGAUGCUCUCUAAAGACGCGUCGCGCCGCCCCACCGCGGCCGACAUCCUCGCCUUCCCGCUGCUCCGCCCGCGCGCCGCCGCCUUCCUCGCUGCGUGCCAGCUGGCGGCGUCCGAAGCGGCGGAGACGCACGCGCAGCAGCAGCAGCUGGAGGAGCGCAUGCAGCGCCAGCUGCAGCAGCCGCAGCAGCAGCAGCACCACCUCCGGCGCUAUCAGAACCGCGAUAAGCACCAUGAGCAGCAGAAGCACCAGCAGCAGCAGCAGCAGCAGCAGCAGCAACAGCAGCAACAGGAAGGUUCCCCGUCCUCCUCCCCGUUUUCCUCCCCCCUAGGCUCCCCCCCGCCCUGCUCCUCCUCCGUCCCGACUUCCCCGCUGCACCAGCACCAUUCCCCCAGCGCCGCGCGGGUCUUAGCCAUUCACAGCGAGGUCGUCUUGCAGGCGCACCGCCUGGGCUUGCACGCUCCGCUCGAGCCCCUGCUCUCCCCUGCCACGCGCGCGCGCGUGGCCUCCGCGGAAGGCUCGCGCGCCGAGCGCCCGCGUGCGCCGGGUUCUCCUCGGCAGAUGGCAGCAGCGGGGGCGGCGGAGAUGCGCGGGGAGGCGGGGGCGGGCGGAGAGGGCUCGCUGUUCCGCGAUUAUGAGGCGAGCUUGAAGGUCCCCCCUCCUCAGGCAAGUCCUUUCAAAUCUCUUGCUUCCCUUCCCCCUCUUUCCCGUGUCUCAUUGUCCUUUUCUUACCCCCUCCUUCUCCACCCGCCCUACUCUCCCGCCUUCUCCCCUCUCUCCCCCUCUCGCCCCCUUCAGAAGAGCUCCCAGAGUAAUCGCUCCCGAGCCACGUCAACCGACGGAGUCGUCACCCAAACCAACGCCGCAGCCUCGGGCUGCCCAUCCAGCCCGUUUGCCUCGGCGGCGGCUCGGCGGCGCUUCUCCGCCUCGGACACGGAUAACCUGGUGCAGCGCGCCAAUAGCCGCGGACGGGGGAGCAUGAGUGGGCGCAUGGGGGACGGCGGGGGCGCGGGCGGAAGCGGAAGAAGCGGGGGCGGCGGAAGCAGGCGGGGGUCGCGGGAGCUGUCACUGGCGGAAGAGGAUUUGCGCGCGCUAGAGGAGGGGAUAGAGGAGGGAGGCGGAGACUUAUCGGACGUGGUUCGCGGAGGGGCGACGGGAGAAACGAGUAGUGCGGGAACUGGAGGAAACUCGUCGCAGGAGAGCAUACCAAUAGGUGUAGAGCAUCCCUACAGCGAUAGAAACGCAUCCGGGCGUUAUAGCGCGGAUGACUUCGCGUCUUAUAACGGGGAAACCAGUGGCCGUUUUAGCGCGGAAAGUUCCAGGAGGUUUUCAGAUUCGACUCCCCCGUUGCCCUCCGCUCCAGGGGCGCGGUUUUCCCCCUCGGCGGAGACACGCGCGCUUGUAAAUAGACCACGGGGGAGGAGCAUGAAGGAGCGAGAGCCCGCGCAUGGGGGAACCGCUGCGGAAGCAAGCGCGGAGCCAAGCAUGCGCGAGCAAUGCGGGGAGUGCGCGGACCUUGGGGAAGGAGCGGUGGAGGGGAGAGCGCCGGGAAGCAGCAGGGGUUACGCGGAACGGCGGGCAAGAGAGGGGCGCGCGCUGCAGAGGGGGCGCAGCGAGGGCGGGCGGAUGGGGGAGCAUUUCCACGUGAGGGAGGGCGCGGGCAUGGGGGAAGGCAGUAGGGAGGGCGCGGGCAUGUGGGCCGAGGGGGAAGCGGAAAGGGAGGCGGCGGACAGGGAGGCGGCGGAAAGGGAGGCGGCGGAAAGGGAAGCGGUGGAAAGGGAGGUGGCGGAGAGGGAAGCGGCGGAGAGGGAAGGGGCGGAGAGGGAGCGCAGCGGGUGGCAGCAGGAGCGGCGGCGGCGGCGCUCCGCCCGCCGCAUGCCCUCGUGGGACUGCGAGCGCCUCCCCGGAGUAGCCUUCCCCCGGCCCCCCCCGUCCUUCGAAUCCUCCCCCAUUUCCAUCGACUCCCGCACCCCCCACUCCCGCACUCCCUCCCACUCCUCCUCGGUCUCCCCGUCCCGGUUCCCGUCCUCUUUCUCGCCCUCGUUCGCCCCCUCUCGCACGUCCUCUCGCACACGGUCGCACAGCAGCAGCAAUGCGACGGACCAGUCGCUCGGGCAGUCGCCGCUGUGGACGCCCAGGCGAGUGGUGGAAGAGGCGAGUCGCCUGCUGGGGGGGCAGCGGGGGGAGGGCUCUGCUAGCUCCACAGACGCGGAGGCUGUGCUGUGCCGCGCUCUUGCUUCCAUCCCCUCCCCCCCGGAUAGCCCUUCCACACUCACCCUCAUCCCGCCCCUCACUCCCUCCUCCAAUAAACCUAACAAGACAGGAGCUGCAGCAGCUGCAGCUCCUUCUGCUGAUCUGGUCAAGCCGCUGGGCCCGUCUGCCUCUGCCCCAUCCCUUGCAUUCAGAAACCCCCUGGCGGCUCUGCCUCCGCUGCCCUUCCCCUUCCGCGCCUCCCCGCGCGCCCCUGCGCCCAGCCCCGCGCCAGCCUUCGCCACUGCAGCUGCUCUCAUAGCUGUUGCUACUGGCAUGCCGGAUGGGCGUGUGGGCAUGCCAGAGGGCCGUAUGAGCAUGGAUGCCCGCAUGGGUAUGUCGGAAGGGCGUGCAGGUAUGUCAGACGGGCCUGGGGGUAUGUUGGAGGGGCGGAAGGGCAUUGAAGGGCGGGUGGGCAUCCCAGAAGCAACGUCAGUGGAGACUAUCAGCAGCACUCUGAGCUCUGAUACCGCUGCUGCCAUUCCCCGCAUGCAGCACGUGGCCGCUCUGCACCGCAUUCAACACCAGCAACUUCAGCAGCAGCAACAGCAGCAGCAGCUUGUGGGAAAUCAGAACAGCCAGAAGCCAGCAGCAGAGUCUUCUCUCAGUGCCGCCAGUGCCUCUCCUGGGGACACCUAUGGCCCUGCUGCUGCUGCUGCUGCUGCUGGUGCCGGCAGCAGUGGUGCCAACGCCUCUGUUUCCAGCUAUGGGCGCAGCAGCAGCAGCAGCAGUAGCGGCAACAACACCCGCCCCACGUCGCCCCUCCGGUUCGGAGGCAGGCUGGCUGCGAAGCUGGCGGGUUCCUUCUCCUCCCUGGUGCCCAAAUCCCCCAAGUCUCCUAAAUCGCCCAAGUCUUCCAGAUCUCCCAAGUCUCCCAAGUUGCGAAGUCCUCGAAAGUUUGGAAGGAGAUUCGGUGCAGCGUCAGGGACAGGGGGGGCAGGCGGAUCUGCAGCAGCAGCAGCGGGGACAGUAGCAGCGGGUGGAGCAGCAGCAGGAGCAGGAGCGGGAGCAGGAGCAGCAGCAGGAGGAGCAGGAGCAGGGCAAGGGAGAGGGUCGUCCUUGGUAGCAGCAGUGGCGCUAGGGGGUCUCAAAAGCACCCCAUCGUUGACCCUAUCCACAGACGAAGGUCCCACUGCUGGCUCUGGGAAUUUCAGCAGCGAGGGUACCAUGAGCUGGGGCUCCCUCCUCUCUUCCUCCUCCCUCAUCGGCCGCUCCUUCUCCCUGCUCUCCCCCCGGAAAAGCCCCAAGGUGCGCCGGGGAACCUGCCUUGUACCCUCCACGUCGACGCGGGAGGGUGGGGAGGUGGAGGCGGCGGUUACAGGGGAUAGUGAUUUGAGUGGGAUGCUGGGGGAUAGUGAGGUGAGUGGGAUGUGUGGUGCGGAUAGUGAGGUGAGCGGGGUGUGUGGUGGGGGGAUGUCGCUAGAGGCCAGUUUGAGCCAUGCGGGACCGGAUGUGCUAUUGGGUGUGAGGGAUGCUGCUGGGACAGCAGCGGGAGCAGCAGGAGCAGGAGCAGGUGCAGCAGCAGGAGUAGGAGGUGAAGGAGGAGGGAUGGGUGCAGCAGGGGAGGGAGAUGCUGCUGUAAAGGGGUGUUCUAAUAACGGGGCAGAGGAUGUGUUAGCGGGGCAUGUGCGCAGCAGACUGCAGGCAGGGCAAGCGGGACAGGGAGGGCAGGGAGAGCAAGCAGGACAAGCAAGGCAGGCGGUGCCAGCUGGGGUGGCAGUACAGGCGUGUAGGAGUGGGGAGGAGGCGAGCAAUGAGGAGGAGGUUGAGAGGAAGUGGACGCGGCAAGGCACUGCUGAUCGCAGGCUAGCACUGCAGGGCCAGGGGAAGAGUGGGACAGCUGGGGCAGGAGGGGCAGGUGGGGCAGCUGGUGCAGGUGGGGUGGGUUGGGCAGGUAUAUCUGGUGGAGGUUUGACCCAGGCAGGUGCGAGCUGGAUACAGUCCAACCCAGACAGGAAGCUCACCAGCUCUCUCCACAGCCCCACACAUUCCCCUACCGGUAACCCCAGAGGUGGUAACCGCGCUGCAGCAAUGAAACGUAACAGCUCAAGCAAGUCACCGAAGGAAGAGGGUGUGUAUCAGCGGGUGCUGGUUGGGUUGGAGAUUCCAGAAGGGGACGAGGAGAGGGGAGGUGAGGGGGGGCCAGAGAGACCAGUGCUGGGUGUGGGGGGAAUGCAUGGGAGGGUAUCUGUGAUUGGUGGUAGCGGUCAGCAAUUGGAAGCAUGUGGGAACGCAUAUGGUGGUGGUGAUGGUGAUGAGAAUGGGAAUGGUGACGGAGGGGGGUAUGUAGAGCAGGAAAGUGAUGGGGAUUCAGCAUCGUCGUCGUCAUUCAGUCCGACAGUCCCUGCUACACUGACGUCGCCAAUAGGGAGUUUGUUUCAAAGCAGGAGGAAGCAUGAGCGCUUACCGAGGCGGUUACAGAGGAGGAAAACUGGCACCCCACGCUAG